CGCUAAUCCACUUCAAGAACUUUCAACCUUCAACCUUCCUUUCCUCCUGCCAUUCCAUUCUCAUUGUGUUCAUCGCAAGUCAACAUAAAAUACAUAGAACUGCCUCUAAUCAUCUCUUCAUGAAAGUCUAAACUUGACUUUCCAAAUUCGAAAUGGCCUCUGGCGGAGAUAUAAAUACACCUCAAACUCCAGAAUCAUUGAGCAGUACAGCCGUCAGACAAUGGUCAGAGUUUGUUCUUGAUAAACCGCCGAGCUGCGUCGAGUUCAUACCAAAGUCCGGAUCCAAGUUUGGCAACCUUCUUGUCGUGGGGUCGUACGAAUUACAACCAGAUGAAGUCAGCGUCGAGUUGGCUGAUUCGAGCCUCGAAACUGAACCCACCACAACCAGUGGACUUGAGCUGGAGAAACAGAAACGGGAAGGAUCGUUGACGCUUCUCAAACUCUCACCAGUCACCAAUACACUAGAAGUGCUUCACACGCUCGAGCGUGUGCCGGCCAUUUAUGAUUUGCACUUUCUGCCAGGACAGGAUAUUUUUGCUGUUGCAACGAGUACUGGGGCUAUCUCAUUCUACUACGUGAAAGAAAAGAUGCUUUUCUGGGCAAAAGGAAAGGAACCUGUUCAUGAAAUCGCCAUGCAACCUAUUUUCUCCGCCCAGGUCUUCCCGAAAACUACAAUUAUCACUUUUUUCCAGUUUAUUCCUGCGCAGCCACCAUACCACGGUUCGCUCAUUUCAGCCACAACAAACGAUGGGGGAACAUACCUUAUGGAGUACUGCCUCGAUAAUGGCGAGAUUCAACUACUCAAUGACGGCGAGCCAAUCACAACGCAUAUGCUCCCAUAUGCGAAUACUUUGGACUAUGUUUGGUGCUGCGGUGUGAGUGCUAAACAACCAGUUACGAUCUUCUCCGGUGGUGAUGGCGGGGAUCUUGUCCAAGAUAUCAUCUCCUUCGGACUGGUAGCACCAUUUUCGUACGAUUCGAAUAAGAAACUGUCCAGAAGUCACAAAUUCCAUGAUGCUGGAGUCACUGCGAUCCUUCCCUUAACUCCCAGUUCUCUUGAUGACGAAGAGCUACUGCUCACUGGAAGUUACGACGAAUAUGUUCGACUGUACUCUACUGACAACAAGAAUGUUCUGGCGAAGUUAAAGUUAGAUGGCGGGGUGUACCGUCUCAAAAACCUCGGACAGGUCAAUUGGUUCUUGCCACAAUCUACUACUUACGCAAUCUUGGCCUGUUGUAUGCAUGCCGGCACGAAAAUCAUUCAUGUCAAAGGAUCGAUGACAGGAGAUUGGUCAAUUGAAGUUGUUGCCUGUCUCGACGUACCCAGCAGCGAUCCUGCCACCUACUGCUAUGCAGCGGCCGCGCGACCUUCAGGCCCUCUGCCAUCCUCUGAGCGGAUUGAGGAGAAGAGACUCUGUGUCAGUGGGACUUGGGUCGACAAGAAGCUGGUCGUGUGGGAAUUCACUCAUGAGUUCGAGAGGCCAAAAGAUGAUGUCGUAGAGGAGGGUAAAUCGACGGGAAUUCAUGUCCCAUAUGCUGACCCCGGUAAGGGUGUCCAGAAUCACGGCAUAAUUGGCGAAGGCAUUUGAAAUAGAAACCAUGGGUCGCUUUUGGCCUGGGGACGUGAGACAGAUGGAAUGGUUGCAUUGUCCGGAGUUUGAGAUUGGGGGCGGAGCAUUAUAUACCCCUUAUUCAACGUCCUCGUAAUUCAUCAUUAAUCAAUGGAGGCUUCAAAAGCCACAUUUAACCCUGCAUUGUCAAAUUCUCACAGAAAUUAUUUUUCCAUGUGAUAACUCAUGAUCGAUG